AUGGAUUUUGAAGCAGCCUACAUCGUUGAUUCAGUGGGGGAAACGCCGACUACAUUCAAGUCGGCGAUGGAAUCAAGCGACUCCGGCAAGUGGAAAGAAGCGUGUGACUCGGAGUUCGAUUCGCUUCAGAGAAACGACACGUGGGAAAUCGUGCCUCUUCCGAAAGGUCGCAAGGCCAUCGGGUGCCGAUGGGUUUUUCGUGUAAAGGAGAAUCAAGAUGGCGAAGUUGAACGUUUCAAGGCAAGACUUGUGGCCAAAGGAUUCUCACAGAAAUUCGGAGUUGACUAUGAAGAAACUUUCGCACCGGUGGCCAAGUUCACAUCGAUUCGUGUGGUGCUCAGUAUGGCGGCUAAGUACGGCCUAAUGCUACAUCAGAUGGACGUCAAGACAGCGUUUCUUAACGGCUCCCUCAACGAAGACAUCUACAUGGACCAGCCGGACGGAUACCUGGAUGCAACACAGCCGGACUAUGUGUGCAAGCUAAAGAGAUCACUCUACGGCUUGAAGCAAUCGCCUCGCAUGUGGAACCAAACAAUCGAUGGGUUCAUGAUCAAGAUGGGAUUCAAGAAGUGCGAAUCGGACCACUGCAUCUACAUCAAGCGAGACGACCAAGACAUGAUUCUCGUGGUGCUCUACGUCGAUGAUCUCAUCCUGGCCAGCAGCAACAACGAACUCCUCAAGUCAACCAAGAUGGCGCUGAGCAAACGCUUCGAAAUGACGGAUCUCGGUGAGCUCGAUUACUUUCUCGGCAUGGAGAUCAAGAACGACCGUAAGACGGGAAUGGUGACUGUACAACAAACCAAGUUUCUCAAGUCCGUGUUAACCAAGUUCGGAAUGGAUAACAGCAAGCCAGUGAAGACGCCUCAAGAUCCCGGCCUGAAGCUAACCAAGAACAUGUGUGAACAAGAAUGCAAGCACGAAGACACCAUGUGCAACGUGCCAUAUCGAAGUGCUGUCGGAGGCAUCAUGUAUCUCAUGGUCGCCACACGUCCGGAUCUAGCUGCUGCAGUGGGAUCAUUAUCCCAGUUCUCGUCCGACCCAUGCCCGACUCACUGGCAAGCUUUGAAGCGUGUGCUGAGAUACCUGCAAGCAACGCCCAAUCAUGGUCUUGAGUUUACACGUGAAGAAGGAAGCCGUAUCUGCGGGUACACCGACGCAGACUGGGCCGGCGACAUUGAGUCAAGACGAAGUACAAGCGGCUAUGUGUUCAUGAUGAGCGGAGGAUGCAUCAGCUGGAAAAGCCAGAAACAACGGACGGUCGCGCUAUCUUCAACAGAAGCAGAAUACAUGGCGCUUUCCGAAGCAACCAAAGAAGCAGUAUGGCUCAAAGUGCUUUUGGGGGAACUUGGUGAGAUGACAAGCGACGAAGCGAUCAAGAUGUAUGAAGACAACCAAGGAUCAAUCGCUCUCGCCAAGAACCCGGAGUUCCAUAAGAGAACAAAACACAUCGACAUACGCUACCAUUUUGUGCGUGAGAAGGUGGAAUCAGGUGAAGUCGUUUUGGAGUAUUGCCCGACUCAAGAUAUGCUGGCAGACAUGAUGACCAAGCCGAUCGCCGCUGUACAAUUUGAAAACAUUCGCGAUCGACUUGGGAUCCAAGGUGCCGCAGCUAACGAGUCGAGAGGGAGUGUUGAAAAGACAGCGGCUGUGAAGAAGACACCUCGUCAAGCUGCGUCAAGUGUUGAAGCAAGUGGAAGACCAAGCUUCGCUAUACCGGUGGGUACCGGUAUGUACCAGUAA